AUGCCUUCUCUUCCCUUCAGCAGCACCUCUUCUUCUCCUUCCUCGUCACCUACGCUCUCGCCAAGCACACCUUCGAUAAUACUCCAUUCGGCUUCGGGCAAGGACUCAAAACGGGAGCUGUACAAGUCCAAUGAAGACAAGUCAGCAGCAUACCGCCAGCGCUACGCACAGUAUCUCGCCUCGACGUUCAAUAUGUCGCUCGAGGCAGCGAUGGCCGAAGCUGACAUCCAGCUCGCGCCUCGCCGAUCAUCAGGCGUGUCAGAAUCGGAGAUGUUGAGAGACGGGUGGUGA